CGAUGACUUAGUGGUUUGCUCUGCAGAAUUUUUGCAUGGCCGGUCCGUUAACCUGGUCUAACAGCAAUAACCACCCUCGAUACGGAGUAUAGCCACGGCUUGCAUGCGCCAGGCCGGAAGGCGGCGGUCAGGAUUCCAACCCCCACGCCUCAAGUCCCUUGUUCCGCACUGGGUGAUUCCCUAGGUCGUUGUCUCUCAUCUCGCGUGGAUCCAUCACGCCGGGUUUAACAUGGCGGAGAGGAAUCCCCGGUGCCGAACGCAAACACGCACUUCCAUCCCCGGGCUCUCAAAUCCUGCAGUCUUCUUGCUGCCGUUUGCUUUUUUUUCCCCCCUUCUUUCACUUCCUCCUCAAGGUUACGGCUGCCAACGUGCUAGGGCACCAACAACUUGUUUCCUUGUGCUAUCUUCCCUUAUAUAGAGUAUAGAUACGCCUAACUGGCCAGCUACACCACUGCUUCCCCUGGCUUACCAUCAGCCUGUUUUCGGUAUCAAUAUCACGGUCGAGGGGCCCGAGGUGGCCACUCUCUUUUCCAGACCAUGGCCGGGACGCAGGUCACCUGCUGUACGGCCACUGAACACGGCAAGGUUAUAACAUCGUCAUCUUCGCCAUCAUCGCCAUCAUCACCAUCACCACGUUCACCACAACCACCCACACCACCACUACCACCACCACCAAUAACAACAACAACAGCAUGCACAGUCCUGGAUUCUAGCACCGAAAUAACCCCCCUCUACCUAACCUUUGCGACCCCACUACCUAAUCCAAACACUACCAUCCGUGGCCCAUCGGCGCCAACCCAACACAACGACAAGAAGAAGAUGAUGAUGAAGAAGAAGAACAGGAGCAAGAACAAUAGCGACUCGCUUCCGGCACCGCCAAAUCUCGAACCGUACUCCGACCCGCAGACCUGGCCCUCUUCGCGGAAAUACCUGCUCCUCAUCCUCGCCUGCAUCGGAACCUGGCAGACCGCCUACACGGCCGGCGCCUACUCGCCCCCGCAGUACCUCAUCCAGGCGGGGCUGGCGGGCCACCCAUCCAUCGAGGCGGUGCUGACGGGGAUCACGACCUUCUGCCUGGGCUUCGCGUUUGCGCCCAUGGUGCUGGCGCCUCUGUCCGAGAUGAACGGGCGGUACCCGGUCUUCGUCGCCGCGGGCGUCGUCUACGUCGCCUUCCAGGCCGCCUGCGCCCUCGUGUCCACCCUGGCCGGCAUGCUGGUCGCCCGCCUCCUCGUCGGCGUCGGCGCCUCCGUCUUCAGCACCAUGGUCGGCGGCGUCAUCGCCGACAUGUGGGACGCCCGCGGCCGCAACACCCCCAUGGCCCUCUUCAGCGGCAGCGUCCUGGCCGGGACGGGGGUCGGCCCCCUCGUCGGGGCCGUCAUGGCGCAGCGGAUGGCCGACGCCGGGAGGUGGCGGUGGAUCUUCUGGCACCAGGUCAUCAUGGGCGGUGCCAUGAUGUUGUUCGUCGUCGUCUUCUUCCGGGAGAGCCGCGGGUCGGUCUUGCUGUCCAGGAAAGCCAGGGCGCUGAACCGGUGGUACGAGGAGCUGGAAGAGCACGGAUACUUUGGGGUGUGGGUGGCCGAGGACGGCAGCCUCGGUGACGGCUCGCCGCCGCUUGGGGAUGCGGCAGACGAGGAGAAGGGGCCGGCGUCUGCUUUGGAGCAAGGGCGGACGGCGCGCCGGUUGAAGCGGAUCCGGUGGCGCGUCAAGGAGGACGAGGAGCGAGCCUCUCUCGGCCAGAUGAUUGCCACCUCGGUCUCGCGGCCUUUCCACCUCCUCUUCACCGAGUCUGUCGUCUUCUUCUUUUCGCUGUGGGUGGCUUUCGCGUGGGGCGUCCUCUAUCUCACCUUUGGCUCCAUCCCGCUUGUUUACCAGCGCGUCUACGGCUGGUCUCUCGAAGAUGCCGGCUACAUAUUCGUCUCGCUCAUCGUCGGUGCCGUAUUCGCAACCGCUAUCGGCCUCUGGCAAGACCGCCUGCUCUACCACCCCAAGUGGGCGGCGAGCCCCGCUUCCGGAAAUGCCGUCGACAUCAACAACAGCAGCGAGACCUCGGACGACUCGAGCAACAAACACGUGUCGUCGUCCUCGUCCUCGUCGUCGCCGCCUGCCGCUGCGACAAGUUCGCUUUCUGACCGCAUCUUGGCUUUCCUCCGGCGCAGGUUCCCCGCCUCGGCCCCCGAAUCCCGCCUCUACUUCACCUGCAUAACUAGCACCUUUCUGCCCAUCGGACUCUUCAUCUUUGGUUUCAGUUCCCGCCCCGACACGCACUGGAUCGGUCCCGCGAUCGGGAUGGUGUUAGCCACGAUGGGCAUCCUCUCCGUCUACCUGGCCGUGUUCAACUACUUCGCCGACACGUACCACAAGUACGCCUCGUCGGCCUUGGCCGCGCAGUCGUUCUGCCGCAACGUGCUGGGCGGCGCCUUCCCGCUGGUGACGAGACCUCUGUUUACCAACCUCGGGCCGGCCAGAGCGGGAGCGGUAUUGGGGUCUAUCGGAACGGCACUGACGGUCGUGCCCUGGGUGUUGGUUUUCUUUGGAGACAAGAUCAGGGCAAGGAGCCCGUUUGCUAGCCAAUCCACAUCGGCAUGAGCCACGUCUAAAGGAGCUGGUCCCGGUAGAGCUGUUGUUACAUACAUAUACACUUAUCACGGUGCUCAAUCGUCUCUUACCAUGCAUGACGACAAGUCUUGGGGAUUUACGAUAGACUAAUAAUACAUGGCGCAAUACAUGGCGCAUCUGCUUAAAGCAAUGCGGUCUACCUCCCAGUCUAGUCUACAUCAUCCUCCUUCGUCCCGCUCUCGUCGUUCAAAUCUGCUCUCGAGAGCUUUCUCCUGGCCUCGCCUA